GAUUUCUGUAUAAAUAGUCAGAUACAUUUGCUAACAAAUCUCUCUCUCUCUUAAAGCUUCUCUUUACCGCCGAAAGUUGCAGACUUUCAUCAUCUUCAUUUUCAGGGUUCAACCUAAUCGCUUUUCUUCAUGAUGCCGAGUGUUAACCCCGAUUCAUCCGACAAAGAUUCCGAGCCAUUUGUGGAAACUGAUCCGACCGGUCGAUAUGGUAGAUACAAUGAGCUAUUAGGGUGUGGUGCUGUGAAGAAAGUGUACCGUGCAUUUGAUCAAGAGGAAGGAAUAGAGGUAGCUUGGAACCAAGUGAAGCUAAGAAACUUUUCUGAUGAACCUUCCAUGGUGGAAAGACUUUACUCUGAAGUGAGGUUAUUGAGAAGCUUAAAAGACAGAAACAUCAUUGCUCUUUAUAGUGUUUGGAGAGAUGAUCAACGUGACACACUCAAUUUCAUCACUGAGGUGUGUACUAGUGGGAAUUUGAGAGAGUAUAGGAAAAAACAUAGACAUGUUUCUAUGAAGGCUUUGAAGAAAUGGUCUAAGCAGAUUUUGAAAGGGUUGAAUUAUUUGCACACUCAUGAGCCUUGUAUCAUUCAUAGAGAUCUCAAUUGCAGUAAUGUGUUUGUUAAUGGGAAUGUUGGCCAGGUUAAGAUUGGUGACUUAGGUUUGGCAGCAAUUGUUGGAGCGAAUCACGUUGCACACACAAUUCUUGGUACACCAGAGUUUAUGGCUCCAGAAUUAUAUGAUGAAGACUACACAGAAUCAGUGGACAUAUACUCAUUUGGUAUGUGUGUACUAGAGAUGGUUACGUUGGAAAUUCCAUAUAGUGAGUGUGACAAUGUUGCAAAAAUAUACAAGAAAGUUUCUUCUGGUUUGAGACCUGCUGCAUUGAACAAAGUCAAAGAUUCAGAGGUAAAGGCUUUCAUUGAAAAGUGUCUUGCUCAACCAAGGGCUAGACCUUCUGCUGAUGAACUUCUCAAAGAUCCUUUCUUUGAUGAGGUUAUCGAUGAUGAUGACGACGAAAAUGAGUAUGAAUCUGUUGGUUCAUACUAAAACAGUCCUUAAUAUGAUAAAUUAUGUGGAUGACUUAGUUUAAUUUUUUUAAUUUGAUUUGCUUACUUUUUUUUUUUUUAGUUUUUAUGUCAAUUUGCAAUCUGGGGGAGGCUAUUGAUUAUGUGAUUUGUUUUGAAUUUUUCCCUUUGGAUAUGGCUGAAUAUUGGGGAGGGGAGGGAUUAAUUGGGGAUGUUGUCAUUUUGUACAUAGAAGAUUAUCUAGAUGAAUUGUGAAGCAUCUAUAUAUUGAAUGAAUUGUAUGAUUCCAAAAUAAAUGUUUAUAUAUCUUUAGAUCAAA